AUGGCCAUGAACCCUUUAUUGACAGCAUCAGGGCAGCAAAGGAUCCCACUGGUUCCCUCACCAUUUGAACCUCUGCCUGUGGAUAGAGAUGCAUUGCCUUCCACUGUGGCUCCAACUGACCCAAGACAGUUUUGUGUUCCAUACCGAAUUGGAUCCUCUGUUCAACCAAAUGCAAAUAUGCCAAACAUGAUGUCCAAUCGUUUCUACUCAGGUUGGGGCAUUUUACCACCUGAAUCCUUAAAGGCAAUGGCCAGGAAGAAUGAAAUGAUUCAAAGGCAGCAUACUGCCAGGUUGGAAAUGGAAAUGCAUGCCAUUUACCAGCAAAGGAGAAUAGACAAAAUGAAUCCCACAGGAUUUGCAGGCCUGGGGGUACCAUUCCCCUAUGGCUCCAGUAUCCCCAGUGGCCCAGCCACCUGCCAUGGCAGGAGCAUGCUCCCUGCCGGUGACCUGCAUUUGCACAGACACUCCCUGAGAAGUCUUCAUGGAAAUCCCAUGCUAGUGGCAACUGGUCCACGCUAUCUAGAGGGCUGGGGGCAGAAAUGUCGUCGUCUCAGGAGAGGUACGGGGAAUCAGAAAGUUCUAGACAGUGAUAUUGAGAGUUCCAAAAGUCAAGCAGAAGAAAAAUCCAUAGGCCAGGUUCAUGUGAUUCCCUAUGAAGAGGAUGAGUAUGCCAAAGACCCAGAAACGGAAGCUCUCAACAACCAGAAGUCAAGCGAAGUCAACGAAAAGCCAACUGCAGUUCUUGCCAAUACCUGUAGAGAGUUGGAGCACACCCAGAGAGAACCCUGGGGAACUCAUGAUGCUCCUGUGGACGCAAAGGCCUGGGAUGGUGGGAGAGAGAAGGUUUCAGAGCAGGUUUUUGCAGCCUGUGGUGAAAAGAAUGGGGUUUACCCUCCAGUUCCUCAACCAUCUUUGCCAGGAUCACAGGUACUGGUGACAAGAGGGGAGACUCUGUCUUUGGAUGACGAUAUUCAGAAGUGGACCGUGAGCGAUGUGCACAGCUUCAUCCGCGGCCUCCCGGGUUGUUCAGACUAUGCUCAGGUAUUUAAAGAUCAUGCAAUUGAUGGAGAAACUUUGCCAUUACUCACAGAGGAGCAUCUUCGAAGCACUAUGGGGCUAAAGCUAGGGCCGGCACUAAAGAUCCAAUUGCAGGUAUCUCAGCAUAUGGAGAGUACGUUCUACAAGAAAAGUUUUUCCCUUCCUACCCACACGAAACAAGCAUUUGAUCAACCAGCAGCCACGUCCCCUCUUCUGGAUUUUAAUUCCUGGGGUGACACAUUGGACAGGACCUGUUCGCAGGAUACAAUAAUUCCUAAAGGAAUCGAGCGAGAUAGUAUGAAAAAUUAA